AUGACAAGGAUCCAAGGGUUUGGAAUCGAGAAGAGUAUCAGCGGGGAGAAUGAAUCAUUCUCUGUUUUUGUGAGUAAUCUGCCGCAUGACAUAUCCAAGAGAGAAUUAUUCCAAUUGUUCAUCUGGACGGGACGCAUCAAUGAUAUAUAUUUAUCACGGAAACAAAAAAGUAAAAAUAUGUACAUGAUUGCUGUCGUGCGAUACACAACGAAAGGAGGGGCACUGAAGGCUAUUGCGGAAAUGAAUCAUCAGAGACUGAGAGGGAAGAUAGUGUUUGUGGAAGAGACUAAAUACAGAAGAAUGUCAGGAGCAGCAACAUUAAGUAAUAGACGUGCGGAGGGGGACAAGCGACAAAUUGUUACAUGGCAACCACGUAGGAAAGAUGCCCAGAAUGAUCCUGAAGCACCUGAAAAUGAGGUACGGAAGCAGGAAAUCGAUAAAGACCCGCAUGGAAAUGGCUGGACAAAGAAAGUGAAAGUAGUAGUGGCAACAGAGAAUUUGGAAUGA